AUGGCACUACCUCCUAGCACCGCUAACUGGCACUGGAAGAACAAAAACGUUACUCGCUGGGGCACCGAAUGGUUUGAACGCGAACUGCCCACCAUCACCAUCACUGGUGACACUGAGGGCGAGAGCGUUUCAAUUUCGCAAGUGACAGAAGUGGAUGGAGAUAUUGAACUGGGUCAGAGGAAGUCAAAGCUAAUUACGAUCUUCGAUUGUAAAGUCGUUCUAAAGUGGAAGGGCACGACUAGCGAUGGCACAGAAGUAAAAGGCACCCUCACAAUUCCAGAAGUCUCCCAUGAAAUUAUCUGUGACCAACUGUCUGAAUUUGUUUACAACUGGCGUCUUACUACAGAAUCCUCCCCAGCCGUUGACUCCGUAUUCACAUUGGCGAGGACCCGGCUGCCUGCCGCUUUGGAGGCUAAAUUUGCUACAUUCCCGGCUGCAAUCGUCGAUACCCAUGGCAAAGAUCUAACUGUCAGUGCCGAUCCCAGUCGAUCCGGGACUCCAGUUUCCGCCAAUGUAAACGCAACAAAGCCAACCCCUGUUGCCUCAUCAUCAUCUACUCCCGCUCCCGCCGCACCCAAAGCUCAAGAGAAAGCAAAAGUGAACUCUACCUCCAUUGUGGUUGAGGCUGAUUUCCGUGCCUCUUCUGACGAUCUCUUUGGUCUUUUGACGGACGAGAAGCGUAUUCCAAUGUGGACUCGUGCUGCCGCUCAGUCGCAAGGCAAAGCUGGUACUGAAUACUCUCUGUUCGGGGGUGGCGUGAAGGGCAAAUAUAUUUCCCUGACGCCACAGAAGGAGAUUGUUCAGACAUGGGCACUCCAUAGCCCAACAUGGCCUUCAGGACACGAGGCUACUCUUACGACAACUUUGGAACAAGGAUCUGAAUCAACCAAGGUUGUUUUCUCUCUCGCUGGUGUUCCUCUUGGUAUGGAGGAUGAGAUUAAACGGAAUAUUGAAGGAUACUAUAUCCACGGUUUCAAGUCCAUAGGGUUGGGAACUGAACUGUAA